AUGUUUACGCGUCCCGUGCAGCAUUUUUGCCGGAAAAAAUCGAACGUCGCGAAAAUUGUCAAAAGACAAUUAUCGAUAUCGGGAAAUAAUUUCGAGAUAAGUGAAGAAGUGCGCAUAGCCCUGGACAACAAUUCAGCUGUUGUGGCUUUGGAAUCUACAAUUAUUACACACGGAAUGCCGUAUCCGCAAAAUGUCAAAUGCGCUUUGGACGUGGAACAGGUUGUGAGGAAGCAGGGUGCAGUACCUGCAACAAUAGCAAUCAAAAAUGGAAAAGUAAAAGUAGGACUAACAGAAUCAGAAAUAAAUGAACUUGGUGACACAAAUUCAAGUAAACCUUUGAAAACAUCAAGACGUGACUUCGCUUACGUUGUCAGUAAUAAGAAAAAUGGAGGAACGACGGUGUCUGGAACUUUAAUCGUAGCUAAUCUAGCAAACAUUCCAAUUUUUGCCACCGGAGGUAUUGGUGGUGUUCAUAGGGAAGCUGAAAAAACCUUUGACGUAUCAGCUGACCUAAUAGAAUUAGGAAAAUCAAAUGUAGCUGUAGUAUCUAGUGGAGUUAAGUCUAUAUUAGACAUUCCUAAAACUUUAGAAUACUUGGAAACGCAAGGAGUUUUUGUGGCAACUUUCGGUUCUACUAAAGAUUUUCCUGCGUUUUACUCCACAAAGAGUGGAGUUAUGGUGCCCCAUAAUGUCAAAAGUGCUAUUGAAGCUGCUCAAAUUAUAAAAACUAGUAGGGAGCUACAUCUUCAGUCAGGAAUUCUACUAGGUGUGCCCAUACCUGAUGAAUUUGCUCUAGAUCCUGUAAUUAUUGAUAGAGUUAUAGAAAAGGCACUUAAAGAGGCAAGGGAAAACAAUAUCAAAGGAAAGGAUAUUACGCCAUUUUUAUUAGCCAAAAUAGCUGCAAUUACCGAAGGAAAAUCUUUGAAGAGCAAUAUUGCAUUGAUAAAAAACAAUGCGAAAGUUGCUGCUGAUAUAGCUGUAGCUUUAUCACGUUUAGAAAAAUCUGGUAACUCUACUGAAGAUGGGAACCAGGAAAACAUGGAAAGAAGACCUAUCAUCAUCGGUGGAUCCAACAUGGAUUGCAGUGCUCUGCUAGAUACAGAUGAAAUAAAGCUCGACGGUAGAAUCUACAACACGCUGUUUUCCUUCUCGCCAGGAGGCGUGGGUAGAAAUAUGUGCGAAGCCAUGGACAAACUAGGCUGUCCCCCAAAUUUUUUGACUAUCAUAGGGGAUGAUUUCUAUGGCAACACAGUGAAAUCCUCCAUUCCGAAAAGAAGUUCUAACCUUUUAAAAGUUAGCAAAAAUAAAGGGACGGCGCAAUGUGUGAUAGUUUUCGACAGAAAAGGAAGUUGCAAGAUGCUGAUGGGUGAUAUGGAAGUUCACAAAGAGAUUACACCCAAAAUGAUAAUGGAUCAUGAAAAAUAUCUCAAAAACUCACCAAUAAUUGUAAUAGACGCAAAUUUGAGCUUAGAAACCAUCAGUGCCAUUUUAAACAUAGCUGAUAAACACAGUAUACCAGUUUUAUACGAACCAACGGACGCUGCAGUAGCAACAAAACCAUUUAAUUCAGAAUUUCGCAGGUCUAUUAAAUUUAUAACACCCAAUCUAAAUGAGCUCAAUGAGAUAGCAACAUUUUUAAACAUCAAUUAUAACAACUCUUCCAAACUUGAAGACGUAGCUGAACUUUUAAAAGAAUUGAUCAAAUACAUAGAUAACGUAAUAGUAACAUUAGGUUCGAAAGGGAUCUUAAUUGCAAGAAAAGCUUUAGCUACUGAUACGUUUUUACAUAAAAACAGCAACAACGAAGUUCAUAUUAGACAUUAUCCGACUUGUGAAGUAACAAAUUUAGUCAACGUUAGUGGAGCUGGAGAUUGUUUCGCAAGUGGUUUCAUAACAGCCUUAACUUCAAAUAAAUCUGAAGAAAUUUGCGUUUCAGUAGGCUUCGCAGCUGCAAUUUUGGCUCUUCAAUCCGAGUGUGCAGUACCGAAAGCUAUUUUUGACAAAUCGCAUGAGUGUUGGAAUAUUCCUGCUAAAUAUAAAUCAAUUUUAUAG